GGUUCUCUGACCCGAAGAUCGUCUUUGUAUUACAUUUUCAUUCAUACCUUUACAUAUCGACACAAAUAAAAGUUCAUUUACAAUUACAGCUUAAGUUAUAGAGAGAAAUGAAAGCGAAAAGAAUUCUCCAACGAACCCAUGAUAGUCGCCCUUUUAUACGAGCAAGUCAUCUUCCAACAAAGGGCGAUUAAACUCACUGCCCACUAAGUUUUAAAUAAUCCCUAAAAUAACAAAACAAAAGGAAGCGAUCGUUAUACGGCGAGAAACUUUUUCAAUAUCCCUCUACAACAAUGAGCGUUUCUUUUUUUAUUCGCGGGAAUAAAUUCCGUAUCAAAUUUCUCCCUCGAUAGCACUAACAAUAUAUCUUCCGGGUUUAAAGACCGGCCCAUCAAAUUAUCUCUGAAAGAAAGCGCUUUAAAACUGCACUUUUCAUUUUCUACAGCUUAACGCAGGCUACGCACACUAAACGACAGUACGGAAAUACUCUGUGUGUAACGUCCCAUAUUCUGGCUCAUCUCGUUCAUUCUGUCUCUUUUUUAGGCGAAAUUCUAUCUACAGGCAUCGGGUGAAAGUCGAUAUUCAUAGUUCACGCACGACGCUUUGGUAGGGCGGUCGUCGCGUAAGCUACGAGUACGCCACGUGCUCGCCGACAACUUGCGCUUAGUUCUUCACGAACAGUGUGGGAGGUUAGUCCGCUACAUGAUCAUAAUUUUCCGAAUGUCAUGCGCUAUAGCCGGUCCGCGCGAAAAAGCGCCCCCUGCAAACGAUCCGUCAGUGUGUGCGUGAGUACGGCCACGUGAUUUUGACAGUCGAAUAAAAAGCCGGUUAGUGAACCAAGUGUUUAUGUUUACUGAUAACAGUUUUAUCCGUUAACCGACGGAAUAAUAAUAAUAAUGCUUUAGUCGUGAUUCGAUUGAAGCUUUCGAGUGUGAUUGAUCGGUUUAUUAUCAGCUUUUGAUAUGGCGCUGUUUUGGUGUCGAACGCUACCGAUCGCUCUUCUCUCGGCGCUCACGGCGGCUAAUGAUGGAUUGUUCGGUUCCUCUAAAUAUCCAAACGAAGUUCCGGAAUAUGACUUACUCCACGCGAUCGGCGUUCCCUUCAGCAACCCUAAGACACAAUACUUCGAUGAAGGCUUGGACGGAUUCCCGGCGUAUGGCCUUAAACCCGGCUCCGACAUCAAAUCACCCUACCGCCUCUUCAUGCCCGAAAAACUGUACCCUGAAUUCUCCAUAACAGCCACAGUCCGACCCGCCACCGAGAACGGUGGCUUCCUAUUCUCUGUCGUAAAUCCUUUAGAGACGGUAGUCCAAUUGGGAGUACAAUUGAUCCCUUCGGGGAGAGAUCUCACAAAUAUAUCCCUUUUAUAUACCGAUGCAAAUGUAUAUGCCCUCUCGCAGACAAUUGUGUCGUUCGCUAUACCAUCGUUUUCUAAGAAAUGGAGUCGGUUCGGAUUGAAGGUAACUACGGAGAAUGUGACGUUGUAUCUGAAUUGUCACGAGUUUGAUACCGUGCCUGUAAAGAGGAAUCCGUUGGAGUUGGUAUUCGAUUCGGCAUCUACGUUGUACGUGGGGCAGGCGGGACCGCUUAUCCGAGGUGCUUUUCACGGUGCGUUUCAAGAGCUGAAGUUGUACGGAUCCCCGUCACAGGCUGAAGUGCAAUGUGUCAACACGUUCGAGGAAAUGGGUAAAGGGAGCGGUGCAGACGAGAUUGACAUUGACAAUUUUUUGGUGGACCAAGAAGAAGGAGACGCGGAAGGCUCAGGCCGCUUCGGUACGAUGCCUCCUUUCCCGCCUCCGCCGCCCGGACUAGACGGUUAUUCAAUGGCACUUAGAGGGGAAAAAGGCGAGCGAGGACCAAGGGGUAUACCCGGGGAGUCAAUCCGGGGUCCUCCAGGUCCCCCGGGGCCGCCGGGGCCUCCGGGCCCGCCGGGGACCACCGCCAUCGCCGAGAUCUCAGGCUCAGGUGACGAUAGGAAUACGGUAAAGCAAAUCUUCGGUGAGAACUACGUAUCACUCGGCCAGUGUGGAUGUAACUCCUCGACGAUUCUGUCGCUGUUAGAAACUGCGCCUGAGCUGCAGGGCCCGCCAGGUCCACCUGGUUUGGUCGGUGCUGAUGGACGCACCGGCCCGCCAGGUAUUGGGGGUCAACCAGGAAUGCCCGGUGAGCGGGGACCAGUUGGACCAAGAGGAGAAAAGGGUGACAGGGGAGAUUCAGGCCCUCGCGGGCCAGAGGGCCAGCUGGGGCCUAAAGGAGAACCUGGUGUGGAUGGAAGAACUGGCAACCCCGGCCCCCCCGGCCCUCCUGGGCCCCCAGGUUCCUCCGAUUACAGUAAUUUUGAUGAAUCCCUCCUUGGUUCCUAUGGUGGAGCCAUAGGUCGACCAGGUGCGCCGGGCCCUAAAGGCGACGCUGGCCAGAUGGGGCCAACGGGGCCACAAGGAGAGCGUGGCUUCGCAGGGCCAAAGGGAGAACGAGGACAGCCGGGGCUGAAUGGACCAAAGGGAGAUCGGGGUCAUCCAGGGCCACAAGGCGAUCGCGGGCUCAAGGGUGACCGAGGCAACCCCGGACUCGACGGCAGGCCCGGGAUACCAGGAGUCAAUGGAAGGCCGGCGGAGAAGGGUGAAAAAGGUGAACGCGGAUCUCCAGGACCCCCAGGCCCCGCUGUGCCAGGCGGAUAUAUUCCCGAUAGUGCGGAAUCUUUAAUUUCUGGAUCAAAAGCUGUUACGAAAGGUGACAAAGGAGAUAAGGGCGAAAAGGGCAGUCAAGGCAAUGAUGGAACCGCUGGCUUCCCAGGAAAGGAUGGGAAACCCGGAGAACGCGGGGACAUAGGACCAUCGGGUUUGCCAGGCGUAAUGGGAUCUCCGGGAGCGCCGGGACUUAAGGGAGAGAGGGGGGAGCGCGGGCCACCUGGACCUAUCAGCAUCACAUCUUCUGGAUCGGACAUAAUUACUGUCAAGGGGGAGAAAGGUGACGCAGGUCCUCGAGGUAGGAGAGGCAGACCCGGUGCGAACGGACCUCGCGGCUUGCAAGGAAUACAAGGAUUGCCCGGCCCUCCGGGAAGACCGGGCGAUAAGGGCGACACUGGCUUCCCUGGAUGGGUGGGCAGACCUGGGUCUUCUGGAAAACCUGGACUACCUGGCCAAGUAGGACCUAAAGGAGACAAAGGCGAACCGGGCGAAAGCCUACUGGAUAUUUCAUCGAUCAAAGGUGAAAAAGGCGACCGAGGCUAUGACGGCGCUCCAGGCGCCAUGGGCCCACCAGGUCCCCCAGGCCCCAGGUCUGACCCAGUUCAAUACAUUCCCGGGCCUCCGGGCCCUCCGGGACCGCCGGGGCCGCCUGGCGUCUCCCUUAUCGGACCCAAAGGAGAACCUGGAAUGAGCGUUUAUGAAGAACACCCCAUCCAUGGCAACACGAAGUUUUUUGGACGUCCACCGGUUAAAGCUAGCGCUCUUGACGAACUAAAGGCUUUAAGGGAGUUGAAAGACCUCAAGGAGAAAGAUCGGCACAGAGAUGCUCAACCCGUGUAUGGCGCCAGCAGUCAAAGGACAGAAGAGGCCAGUGCAGGUCAAACUGUGCCCGGUGCAGCGGUUUUCCAUACUACAGAAGAAAUGUUAAGGUUAGCAUCAGCCAGCCCUGUGGGUGCUCUGGCAUACGUCACAGAAGAACAAGCUCUGUUCGUCAAAGUGAACUCCGGUUGGCAGUACGUGCUUCUCGGCUCUCUCGUAACGCAGUCACCGCAGGCUCCAGCGACGGCUACGCCCGCGCCUCUGCCAAUGCCCGCCGCUAGCUUGGUCCAUGAAGUGCCGCUGUCAAACUCGAUACACAGUCCAUCUGACGUACCUGAUGGACCUAGACUCCGGAUGGCAGCUUUGAGUGAUCCAAUGUCUGGGAACAUGCACGGUGUCCGUCGAGCAGACUACGCGUGCUACAGGCAGGCGCGGCGCGCGGGGCUCAGGGGCACCUUCAGAGCAUUCCUUACUAGCAGAUCAACAAACUUAGACGCUACAGUCCGCUUCGCUGACCACCAUCUGCCAGUGGUGAACACCCGUGGUGACGUCAUCUUCAAAUCUUUUGCCAGCAUCUUUGACGGAAACGGUGGCAUCAUGGCCGGUGCUUCCAGGAUAUACAGCUUCGAUGGAAAAAAUCUGAUGACAGAUCCACAUUGGCCUCAUAAGAUAAUCUGGCACGGCUCACACGCGAGCGGCGAAAGAGCGUUGGACGCGUUCUGCGACGAGUGGACCUCCCAUGACCCGCAUAGGUCCGGCUUAGCUGCCUCUUUGUAUUCCCAUAAGCUGUUGUCUCAAGAGAGGUACUCGUGUAAUAACCACUUCAUAGUCCUUUGCGUAGAAGUGUCAUCCAAAACCAUGCGUAAUAAAAGAGAAACGCCAAGGUUCAAUAUAACCAAUCUACCAGACGACGAAGAUUACCUCUACAACGCCGAAGAAUACCAGCAGCUGCUUAACGAAAUAUUUGCUCAACCUUUCAGAGAAAACUAGGCUGCAUUUAUCCUUUCAGACCCAGACGUUCCCUGUACUUUCAGGCCAAAGUGUACCCUCCGGUCCGGACGUAAAGCAGAUUUUACAACGAAGAGAUGUCUAGGGUAUAUGAAAUAUAAUUUUAAAUGAGAUUAUUCGAAUCAAGUGGUCAAACUUGGUGAUCGUACGAGAUUCCUAUUAAAUUAAGCUUAUCAUGCGAAUUGCUAUCAUAUUUAUAUACGUAAGCGUAGUUCUAUUGACACAUCGUUAGUGUUGUUGCUGUCUGUACAUCCGUUUUUUAUACUUAUAUAGUGUAGGUACUCGUAUAUUAGUAUAACGUACAAGCGUAUCAUGCUUUUAAUUUUUUCAGGCUUUGUUUUGUGACAAAACUUUACCAAAAGUCAAUCGAAUUCCAAUAUCUGUUUGUUAAUUUGAUUUAUAUACGUAUGGUUUUUCAUAAGGAAUCAGCCACAUGGCACAUCAAUGACGCGCCGUUUACGCAGCCUAAUGUAGGUAUGAGAAAUACGCAAAGCUUAUUGGACCUUACAGCUAUUGCACCUAGAUCCGGUGUAGGUAGUCGUUCCUUAACAUUGUAUGGAAAAACAAGUAAAAUUGAAAAUCUAAGAAAAC